AAUGUGGUACCAAUGUUUAUGCUCCAUCCAUACAUUACAUAAGUUCAAAAGUCACAAACAUUACUCAUUGAUUAUCUAAAACCUUCACUGUUUCCAUCACCAACACCUCGUACCUUGUCUGUUCUUUCAUUGAAAUCCGAGGCAGAGUAAAAAUCUCAAAAUUCUCUUCCCUUUUCUCUUUUCCCACCUACAAAUGGUUGAACUCAACAUCAUCAAGAACAAAAUGUGGAUGUUUUCACAUUAAUCUGGUUCUCUUUUAAUACUCCUCUCAUAGUUUCUUCUUCCCUUUGCGUAAUGGAAGUUAUGACCAACAAUAUUAUCAACAAACAAAGCAACAUCCGUUUUCAAAAGCUUUCAUUUUGGUUCGCACCAACUACUCGUCCACCUGGUUUUCAUCUUCUCUUUCGCAAGUAGGAAAGUUGUUAGUGUUGGCAGUGUGAAAUUCAGAAUCGGAAAUAUGGUUUAUACGUUUUGUGAGAGAGUUUCUUCAUCUGGGUAUGAUGAUGAUUUGGAGUUGUUGAAUGACUCUUUGCAUGAGUUUGGAGGUUGUGGUGGGUCGGUGUUGUUGUCAUCGCCGAUUGAAAGGGUUGGUGGUAAGAAUGAGAAUUGUGAGGCGAAAGCUUUGGCUGCUUUGAAGAAUCAUAGUGAAGCGGAGAGGAGAAGGAGGGAGAGAAUCAAUGGCCAUCUUGCUACAUUGCGCGGUCUUGUGGCUUCUGCUCACCAAAAGAUGGACAAAGCCACAUUACUUGCUAAAGUGAUUAGCCAAGUGAAGGAAUUAAAGAAGAAUGCAAUGGAAGCAAGCAAAGAUUUUCUAAUUCCAAUGGAAACCGAUGAAGUGAAAGUUGAACCAUAUGAUAUUAAACUAGGAUAUGGAUGCAUGUCUUACAUGGCAACUAUAUGCUGUGAUUACCAACCUGAGAUACUGUGUGACCUUAAAAAAACACUUGAUGCACUUCAACUUCAACUAGUGAAAUCAGAGAUGUCAACAUUGGAAAGAAGAAUGAAGAAUGUGUUUGUAUUCACAUGUUGCAAAGGGGUUAAUAAUAGUGUUGAUGUUGAAGCAUGUCAAAGUAUUGGGAAUGUUGUUCAUAAGGCACUUGGUUCUGUGUUGGAAAAGGCUUCUAUGUCAAUGGAAUUUGCACUUACAACUUCAUAUCCAAACAAGAGGAGAAGAAUGUGUUGAUGUGUUGGAUUGUUGUUGUUGUUUUGGUAAGUUGUAUUGUGAUGUUAUAAGGAACUCUAAAAUUUUCUUAUGUUGAAGCCAUUAAAUUAGUGUGUGAGUGUGGACCUGUUAGAGAUUUGUGUUAUUGGAAGUUUUAUGGAGAAAAAUACAUGUA